CAAUAAAUAAAAAAAUAAAAAGAUAAAAAAGUAAGAAAUUCUAAUAUAAAUAGCUUCUGAACAAGCAAGUUGUUCUAUUCAGACACACACAGCUUUAUUGUCUUUGAGAGGUUCUUACUGUUUGCGGAACCAAGCAUCGGUUUCGAAUGGAUCAUCAAGGGCAUAACCAGAAUCCGCCGAUGGGGGUUGUCGGUAGUGGAGGUCAAAUGCCGUAUGGAUCUAAUCCAUAUCAGCCAAAUCAAAUGACCGGGGCACCUGGAUCAGUUGUUACAGGGGGCAUGCAAUCAACUGGUCAACCUGCUGGAGCUCAAAUGGGUCAGCAUCAACUUGCUUAUCAGCAUAUUCAUCAGCAGCAACAGCAGCAACUUCAGCAACAGCUCCAAGCUUUUUGGGCAAACCAGUACCAAGAAAUUGAAAAGGUUACUGAUUUCAAGAACCACAGCCUUCCCCUGGCAAGGAUCAAGAAGAUUAUGAAGGCUGAUGAGGAUGUUAGAAUGAUAUCAGCUGAGGCACCGGUCAUAUUUGCAAGGGCCUGUGAAAUGUUCAUAUUGGAGUUAACCCUGCGUUCAUGGAACCACACUGAAGAGAACAAAAGAAGGACGCUUCAGAAGAAUGAUAUUGCAGCUGCAAUCACAAGGACGGAUAUCUUUGAUUUCCUGGUUGACAUUGUGCCUCGCGAGGACCUGAAAGAUGAAGUGCUGGCAUCAAUCCCAAGAGGAACAAUGCCUGUUGGUGGACCUGCUGAUGCUCUUAACUACUGCUACAUGCCACCUCAACAUGCCCCCCAAGUCGGAGCUGCUGGUGUCAUAAUGGGGAAGCCUGUGAUGGACCCAAAUAUGUAUGCUCAGCAGCCUCAUCCCUACAUGGCACCACAAAUGUGGCCACAGCCUCCAGACCAGCGACCACCAUCUCCAGAUCACUAGAUGCUGCGCCACGGAUGUUAAGAUUGCAGGGAACGGCAAGGGGAUGGGAGUGAAACAUUGAAUCAAGAAGGUCCAUUGUUAUUGUUGCGAUCAGAGACUGUAGCUGAGAUAGUUUACUCAUGGCAGACUAUUAUGUAGAUAAUAUGCCAGUAAAAACUUAUCUUUAUUAAGCUGGGUAAAAUGUUAAAUUUCGGUUUAAAUUAAAUUAUGUAUGGUCUUUGAGAUGAUAUAUUAUAUGUAUUUGCAGAUGCCUAUUGGGAUAUAUUUACCAAAAUUUAACUUA